AAAACGCGCGUCAAGUUGAGCCGCGUUCGGACUGUUCGAAGAGUGCCACCAGUGUUGCUAAAGCCGCUGUCGGUGUGUUUUUGGAGUACGACGCGACAUGCGAUAAGACGCACCACUUCAUUUGACGCAACGUGUCGCGCCUGCUUAGAGGAUAUCAUGGAUAAUCGCAGACCCAACAAGUUCACCUGUUACUUCUGUCAGAGGACUAUCGAGAAUGAGACGGAAGUGGGCCACACAGCAGUGUGCGGCAACGUGUUGGUGCCAUGUCCGAAUAAGUGCGGGGCGUACAUUCCAAGAAUAGAAUUGAAAAAGCACAACCGGGAAUGCAUCAAUCGGACAACCAGGUCAAGCCCCAGACUGACCCACAACGAUCAUAGCACGUACGAGGAUGUUUAUGAUAUGCCAGUAACUCGAUCACUUGUCGCUGUAAGACGUUGUCGGCGUCAGUGUGUGAAAGAAUUUACAAACAAGAUGCCUAUUAGUCAUUUAUGACAUAUGAUGUGAGCGUGGUGUACUAUAACUAUCUGAAAUGCUAUGUAAAAGUCAUAAAAUUUGGUGGGAAAGCAACUACUAACUUUUUUAAUAACAGGCACUACAACGGGUACCAAAAACCAGAGACGAGGUUUCAGGAAGACAUUUCAAAGCUCUCCAAGAGAUUAGCAGAUAUAGAACGAAGAUGUGCUCAACAAUCACAUCAAAACUCUCAGUUACCCAACGUUAUGCAAACCUGCGAUGCAAUGAAAAAUAGCUUGAUGCAGCAUAGCUUGGAUAUCGAGAAACUUAGGUAUCACCAUAAGAGCUUUUCAGACUGGAGGAGCAACUUAGAGGUGCAAUUGAACAACUUGAAACAAGCUGCAGCAAUGCUCCAAAACGCCAAAAAGGAGACUGACCUACACUUCAUGACCUUGCAAGAUAGGAUCAUUCUCCUGGAGAAGCUCCAAAUAGAGUUCAACUACAUGCGAGACUCUUUCAUACAAGAACAGAACUACACCAGACAAAUGGGCAAAAACGUCGAGCAGGAAUUCAAAGAUCUCAAGGCUUUAUUCGCUACUGAAAAUGCUACCUCAGGAGCUCUAAUUGACGAUCAGAAACGAAUGAUCGAAAAUUUGAAGCAUGAAAUUGAUGAUGUUAGAAAAACAGUGGAUGAGCAAAAAGCAAAGCUUACCAACGUAGUAUUCGAUCUCAGAGCUGCAAGCCAAAUCGCUUCAGAAGCUGUAGAAAAGAUGGAGAUACAAGAAAGGGAUUUUACUGAAACCAAAAAGGAAAUUAACCAAAUCAAAUUGGAUUUAGAAAUUUUGGAAGGACUGUCUACCUCUACAGAAGUGAUAGCUAUCAAGCCAGGGCGGUUAAUUUGGAAAAUAACUGAUUUCGAAAAUAAGAUGCUUCGAGCCAAAGAGUUUAGUAGCGUAUUCAAAAGUCCUAUAUUUUUUACACAUGAUUAUGGAUAUAAGAUUAGGGUACUAAUGUAUAUGAAUGGAAUAAAGAAAUGGAAGGAUAGGUAUACUUUAUUAUGUAUCCAUGUCUUAAAAGGAGACUAUGACAUGUUACUUAAGUGGCCUUGCCACAUAGAAGCUACUAUAACUGUUAGAGACUUGGAAGACGUUGAAAAGGGUAAACCAAUUUCGAAGUUUAUCACAGCAAAGAGGCAAUGCGGGGACGAGGAGGGCGAAGAACCUCAAGAGUCAUCUUCUUCAUACAUUUUCAUACCUCACUCAACUUUAAUGAAACCAAAUUACGUCAAAGAAAACACCAUGUUUAUAGACAUUAAGAUACAGAAACAUUCGAAGUCAGAGACAAGUUUAUAAUUUUUGGUUUAAGUUUAAAUAUGAGCUUACGUCAUGCAAUUUCAACAGUAGUAUGAGUAUUGGCAAUGUUCAAAUACAAGUUAGGGUAUGCAUCGGACUGUCCGCACUAAACAAAUUUAGAAUCAUUUGUAAAAAUACAGGUGUGCGAACGGAUCCAAAUAGUCAUACGUUGUCGAUCAAUGGAGGAAAAUCCAAAUGCUACAUUGAAAAUAAUACUUUUAAAAGCCACGUUUGCAAUCCGAUGCAGUCCAAUGCGUACGAGCCGGACCUGUGGAUUUGGUAUCGUUUGAGCAAUGAUCUCUCCUUGGAUUAUAAACAAAUUCGAAAUUUGUACGAUCUUCAGCAAUUUCAAAUUUUCAGGAUUUUAAAAAUUUUCAGUUUUUCAAAUUUUCAAAAUUGUCGGGUUUCAGAAUUCUCAAAAUUUACAAGAUGAUCAAAGUUUUCUAAAUACUUAAAAUUUGCAAAAUUUUAAAAUGUUUUCAAAACCUCACCUAGUGAUUUCUGUUGGAAUUGUAUCUAAAAAAGCAACUUACGUAAUUUAUUUGUACCUGACAUACAAUACUGAUAUAGUCUUUUGUACAAACUUGUUAAUUAUUUUUAAGCAUAAUUUGCAAAAGGUAAUAAAUAAAAUGUAUUUAUA